AUGGCAAACAAAAAGCCUGUCUCCUUUGACGAUAUUAUCCUGGCCGAUCGCGAGAAGAACCAGAAGAAGAAACACGAGAACCUCGCAAACCAACUACUCGGAAAGAACCGACGGAGAAGCGCGCCCGCAUCGGGAUCUGGCUCUGGCUCUGGCGCCAACAGAGGACAGAACAAAACGCAGAAUGCGAAGCCUGGAAGCUUAGCAAGCAGGAUCGGAGUAGCCAAGCGCUCCGCGUCCGCGACCGUGAACCCCAACAAGAACAAACCAGCCCCCGCCACAAACACCGGCAGACAACGCGGAAACACAGGAAGAAACGAUCGCGUAAACUCAGAACAGGUCUGGAAUGCCAUCCGGGCAGGAAAUGGCCAAGCGAAUGUGCGGUCGGCUAAACAGGGCCGGCCAUCCGGGAACCUAUCCAUUAAGGGCGCUUCGGGGCCAUUUGUUGUGGUAGGAAGGAACUUUGCGCCUGGCACAACCGCUGCCGACAUUCAGUCUGCUCUGGAACCUACAACUGGACCCAUGCUCAGCUGCCGGAUAGUGGCCAGCCACCCGAGUGUCGUUGCGGAGUUUGCAUUUGCAGAGAAGCAGACUGCUGAGCUGGUGAUUGCGAACUUCCAUAACCAGAGGGCCGAUGGCAGACUCCUCACUAUGAGCCUCAAACCCGCCAAUGCUGGAUCCGACGCUCAAGAUCCCUUCACUGCGCUUCGAGCACAGGCUGACCAAGAACGACUCCGCGCUCGCCGAGGUACCGGCCACCAGAACGAUUUGCUAGCGCCGCAGGGGACUUCGCGAUCUGGUCUCUACAGCGAUGAAAUGAUGGUCGAUACACCGCAGCAGAAUAACAAGGGCAGCCAGAACCAGAACCGUCGGAAAGGACGACGUUAA